GAUUACGUGCAGUGGCAGGAGCGAGUAGAGGGCCAGUGGAUGCCCUUCUUGGUGACGUGCCGGGCGGGGCGUAACCUCAGGGGCAUUCCCAGGGUGGUGUCUUUGGUUGCCUACGCCUGCGAACCCGCUACCAACGCCCUAAGGGUACUAAACCAGGGGUUCUCUGCCCCCUACACCAAAAAGGGCCUCGCACUCUGCCACAAGUUCAUCUUUAACCCUGCCAGGGACUUCUCCAAGAGGCUGGUGGAGUGGGUGGAGGUGGCUCGAGCUUGGGGCGUGGACGAGGUGAUGGUGUACGAGGGAGCGGCCCACCCCAACGUGACCAAGGUCCUGCGGUACUAUCAGAAAGAGGGAUACCUGAAGGUGAUGCCUUGGACCAGCCCUGGGUCACAGCCCUCAAUACCUCACCUGUACCGCACCCUCUAUGAUACCCAGAGGUUCAACCUCUUUUCCAACGAGAACGUACCCUACACGGACUGUCUGCUGCGACACAUUGCCACGCACAAGUACGUGGCUGUCUGGGAUGUGGACGAAUUCAUGCUGCCGGCGACCCAUCCGUCUCUCCCAGCCAUGAUGGACGCCGCGAAGGCCAGGGCGGAGUCCCUCGGCCUGCAUCCUACCUCCUAUCUGGCCCGCUGUUCAUAUUACUUCGACGACCUGACUGAACAACCAACGAACGACCUGCCGGAAUACCUGUACUCCUUACGUCAUGUGACCCGCACCGUCAGGCUGACACCCCCUGCCGUCUUCACGAAGUCCAUUCACGACACCUCCUACGCCCUCGGCCUCCACGCCCACUUCGCUUUAGUUAACCUGGCCGGACCGGUGGAUCGAAUCCACGAUCUAUACCACCUAUACCCGGGUCACGAGGCCCACCUAGCCCACUACAGGUCCAAGUGUCAAGGGGAGAGUCAGGUAGAGUGUGAGACGGACUUCCGGCCCUACCUAACGCGUGACACUACCAUGUGGCGCCACCGUCAGGCUAUCUCAAACGCCGCCAGGCGAGUCCUGAUGAAAUUAAAUCUUAUUCUUCCCUGAUCUAUUUCUUUUAAAGAAAUUUCAGAUACAGCUGACAGUUGAUAAACACACAUUGGGUGAACAAAAGGUGUAAAAUGAGAAGCAAAAGAAAAAUAAGCCAAAAGGCGAAAAGACUCAAGUAAUUCACCAUUUACCUUUAAUUUAUGAAGCGUUCAAAUUACAUAAAAUAAUCCAAUAUGCAAAUAUCAAUUCUUGUAUUGAAAAUUCCCCUGGAUGUUUCUCAGUUCUUCCCCCUUGAUUUUAAUACAUUCAUUCCGAAAUGGUAUUCUUCAGUUCGCCGAUAUAAUUUAUUAUAAACACGAACAUUUACUCCAUAUUAAUAAAAACCACCCUCUACUGUUUUUGCACUCCAGGCAAACUGGCUAUAGUAUGUAUACUUAAUAUCAAUCAGAGUACCGUCAUCAUAUCUGAGGGUUGGCGACCACAGUCCUCCACUCUAAACGUUUCGGGCUGUUU